CUGCACUACGGGACCCUGCUGGGCAGCAGAGCUUGUGUCCACAUGGCAGCAGCUGCCUGGGCCAGUGGGUUUCUCUGUGCUGCGCUGCACACGGCCAAUACACUGUCACUGCCGCUCUGCCACGGCAAUGCCCUGGGACAGGUCUUCUGUGAAAUCCCACAGAUCCUCAAGCUCUCCUGCUCACACACCUACCUCAGGGAAGUGGGGCUUAUUGUGGCUGGUGCCUCUUUAUGCUUUGGGUGUUUUGUUUUCAUUGUGCUGUCCUAUGCUCAGAUCUUCAGGGCUGUGCUGAGGAUCCCCUCUGAGCAGGGACGGCACAAAGCCUUUUCCACGUGCCUCCCUCACCUGGCCGUGGUCUCCCUCUUUGUCAGCACUGGCACAUUUGCCUACCUGAAGUCCCCCUCCAUCUCCUCCCCAUCCCUGGACCUGGUGGUGGCAGUUCUGUACUCGGAAGUGCCUCCAGCAGUCCGUGAUACCAAAGAGCUCACUCAGCUGCAGCUCAUUGAUAAGGAGAGGGAGAGCUAA